UUUUUGUAAUCGCUGGGGGCCCUUUCAACUGACGUGUACCGGUUAGGUGUAUGUGGCGGCGGUAACGCUCGGCGGUGCGGUUUGGGCUGGAAGUGCACCUACGGAAUUUUCUCUGUCUGCUGGGGUCUAAGGGACCCACGACAUUAUUAACCAAACAUGUUUGGUGGCAUGCUAGAUGACCUCAAACGCAUGAAUAAGCGGCAGCUUUUAUACCAAGGUUUAAACUUUGGUAUGAUCGUGUCGUCGGCCCUUAUGAUAUGGAAAGGUCUGAUGGUCGUCACCGGCAGCGGCAGCCCGAUCGUAGUCGUGCUCAGUGGGAGUAUGGAGCCAGCAUUCCACCGUGGAGACCUGCUCUUCCUGACAAACUACAAGGAAGACCCAGUCCGCGUUGGUGACAUCGUGGUCUUCAAAGUGGAGGGCCGUGACAUCCCCAUUGUUCACAGGGUGCUCAAGCUGCACGAAAAGGCCGAUGGGUCGGUGAAAAUUCUCACCAAGGGGGACAACAACUCGGUUGAUGACCGAGGCUUAUAUGCUCCUGGCCAGAUGUGGCUCGACAAGAAGGACAUUGUCGGCCGGGCAAGGGGGUUUGUCCCAUAUGUUGGUAUUGUUACGAUAUUAAUGAACGACUAUCCAAAGUUUAAGUUCCUUGUGCUAGGAUGUCUUGGGUUAUUUGUGUUGGUUCAUCGAGAAUAGGACUGGCUGUGUCGCGAAGCUCACUGCCUCGCCAACAUCAACUUUUGUGGGACUGCGCAAGUCAACAGCGAGGGGCUUCCCUCUUCCUCGCUGCCCGCCCACAUACCGGUUCAGUGGCCAUGUGCCACACAUUUUGUUUCGUUUUCUUUCUGUUCAAGAUGGAGAAAAGAAUAUUUUGCCAAGGUGUUCACAAUGUGGGCACCUCUUUAUUUACGUGUAAUACUAUCCAAAAUCGGGCCCAGUUCACUUUUGGAACAAAAACAAAGCAGCAGACGUACCAUACUUGUCUAUCUUAUAAAUAUAUUUCAUCACAUCACAUCUUUGUAAGGGUGGUUGGAGCACAUGAAAGUGAAUUAAAAGCAAUUGUGUUUUUUCUU